AUGCCUUCGAUCCCAAAGUUUUAUCAAGGUCUAUUGGUUUGCAAAGCACCCAAACGAUCAUUGUCUCUUUACAAUCAUCCAAAUCGAAAUAGAUCUGCAUAUUCAAUUUUAAUGACAUGUCUCUUCCGAGUUUGUUUGAUUGAACCAAACUGA